AUGGGUAGUAUGUAAUGAAUUUAUACAUGAUAAUAUAUAUAUCAAGCAGAGGGAGUAUAUAAUUAUGGACUUACAAGAAAUGUAUAGAAUCAAACAAGUGUUACAUGGAGAUAUUAUAUUGAUUUCAUAGUUGUUCCUUCAAUGAGCCAUUCGCUAGAUAUAUAUGAAAUUUCACAAGUUUAUUGAUUACUAACACAUUUCUAUAGAAGGUACUCCAUCAUUAGGUAAAAGACACAACAAAUCUCAUACUUUAUGUAACAGAUGUGGUAAAAGAUCAUUCCAUGUUCAAAAAAAAACUUGUUCUUCAUGUGGUUACCCAGCUGCUAAAUUGAGAUCACACAACUGGGCUUUAAAAGCUAAAAGAAGAAGAACUACUGGUACCGGUAGAAUGGCUUACUUAAAACACGUUAGUAGAAGAUUUAAAAACAAUUUCCAAACUGGUGUUGCUAAACCACAAUCAGCUUAA